AUGAAUGCCAGUCUUAUUCACUUUCCGACAUUGUUUCGAGAUACAACGACUGUUCAAUUUCAAGAUGGCAACGCAGAACGUCUGAACGGUCGUACUCACAUUAUUUCCUCUUCGGAUGAAGGCAUAUCUGUGACCUACGCUGACCUACUCCGCUGUUUACAUCACGAAUUGAAGUUCGGGUCGCGUGAUCGGAUCUUGGAGGAAAUUCUGGCUUGUUGGAAUAAGCGUUCAUACCACUGGCUCAUACCAUUCUCGGGUCGCGUACUAGGGUCGAUUGUCGGUGGCCUCAUCGAGAAAGGCGAUUCGACGCCCGAGAG